AUGGCAGAUGAUGUUUUCAGUAUUGGUAGAAAAUUAGAUUCUAUUAUCAAGGCAAAAGAUUUCAACGAGGACAAUGUUACAGAUUUACUCAAAGCCCUACAGUCCCUCCCCAUGUCCCUCGAGAUGCUGCAGAAGACACGUGUUGGAUUAUCAGUGAACACGAUCCGAAAGAGAACCGAGAACCCCGAAUUAGCUUCCCUCACCAAAUCUCUCAUCAAGAGUUGGAAAAAACUUGUACCAGUUCCCAACACCAAACCUAAAGAAAACUUGAAAUCAGAAGAAAAAGUAGCGCCGGUGAAAGAAAUGGAGCCAGCUCUUGCUCUCUCCCCUUCUCCAAAGGAAGAAGAAGAUCUCCCAGAGGGUGCAGAAGAUUUGCAGGACCCAGUAAGGAACAAAUGUAGAGACCUGCUAUACAAUGCAAUGAAGAAGAGAAGGGUUGAGGAUGGUGGCGAAGCUAAAGUCAGCGUGUAUCAAGUAGCGUCUGAUAUUGAGAAAUGCAUAUUUCAGGAGAUGAGGGGUACUAAUAUGAAGUAUAAAAACAGGAUCCGAAGCAGAGUGUCUAACUUGGGAGACGAAAAGAAUCCAGAUUUCAUAACCCUGGUUUUAACUGGCGGCGUGUCGGCCGAAAUGGUUGCUAAGAUGGCCCCUGAGGAAAUGGCAAGCCAGAGGAUGCGAGAAAAAAGGAACGAGUACCAGAAGGAAGCGAUAAGAGAGGCGCAGAUAGCAGUAACAAGCGGAACUAAAACUAAUCUCUUGACUUGCGGGAAGUGCAAGAAGAGUGACGUGCUCUAUAACCAGCUGCAGACGAGAAGUGCGGAUGAACCCAUGACUACUUUCUGUGUUUGUGAGCACUGUGGUCAUAGAUGGAAGUUCUGUUGAAGUCCUCCAAAACCGACGAAAUAGUCACAAACUACUAUCAGCUAUGUUUCACGCUAUCGGCAAUCAGAUACCUGCACAA